UUUGUGCGCAUUUUUUGGUUGAUUUAUUUAACAUUGCAUCGGCGAUUGCAUUCCUACGUACUCAUCUCUGGCAAUGUCUAUACGUCACUUCUGUCAAACGGAUGGACAAAAGUACAAAAUAAACAGCUAUGGAUGGAAGUCAAUCUAAAACAAGCGAUUCACAGUUCAUUUCGUUUCAAGAUUUUCCUUCGAUAAAUCAUGAAGGAAAUAUUGGUCAAGCACAACUGGAUGUGAAUACUUCUAGUCAUCAAGGUUUUAAUAACCUCUCAAACGAUCCUACGGGAAUUGGUAUUAUCGAAGAUCUUCAAGGAAUGCCCGAUAAAAGUGAAGCCGCAUCGCGUAACUUUUGGACAAUAGAGUAUUACCAGAAAUUCUUCAACGUAAAGACAGAUGACGUGGUAGAAAGAAUCAAAAGGUCUAUGUUUCCACAUGGCAGUGAUAAUUAUUUGAUAUCUCAUAUUAGACCAAAUCCAGAUCUUUAUGGUCCAUUUUGGAUAUGCGUUACGCUAAUAUUUUCUAUAGCCAUUAGUGGGAAUCUGGCUGAUUAUUUACAUACAGCUUAUUCAGGCAAAUAUCAUUGGAGGUAUGAAUUUCAUAUUGUGUCGUAUGCUGCCACCUGUAUAUUUUUGUACGCAUGGCUAUUACCACUUACGUUAUGGGGUGCACUGAAAUGGACCACUAGUUCAAGAAAUACAGAGGAGGAAUUAAUCGAGUCUUACGCAACACCUGGCCUUUUGGAACUUUUAUGUCUUUAUGGGUACUCUUUAGCCAUUUACGUUCCAGUAGCUUUUCUAUGGACAAUUCAAAUCGAAUGGUUACAAUGGAGUUUAGUUGCACUAGCGACUUUUUUAUCUGGAGGAGUAUUAUUGAGAUCUUUACUCCCCCUAAUAUCAGGAAGAUAUAGGAUAAUGUAUAUUGUGAUAAUUCUUGGGAUGCACCUUCUACUGGCAACAGGAUUUAUGCGAUAUUUUUUUCACGCACCAUCAAAGUCAUUUCCCAUAGAACACAUGGAAACGACCAUACACACGAUAGCAAUCGAGAAUGAUUCGCGUAAUAAUUCUGGCUAAUAAUGUUGCCAUUUAUUCGAUUAUAAUGGAUUUGGAUGCAUCUAUAUUUUAAAAUGAACUAUCGACGUUGUCGGCAUACUUAUUAGUUCCAGUAAAUACUGACUGAUAAAACGGAGCGGUACAGUUCGAAUAUGUUUGUUGGACGUUAAUUUCGUCUUCGUGCAAGUAGAUGUAGUAUUUAUACUAUACUUAUGAACAAAAAAUAAAUGAAAAUAACUAAAA